CCGCGCGUGGGCGGGGGCCGCGCCGCGCCGCACCGGGCGAGCGAGCGAGCGAGCAGGGGGGCUCUGCUGCCGGGCGGCUCGGCUGCACAGAGCGCGGCUUGACUUAACACGCAGUUCCGUGGUUUUGUGUGCAUAUAUAUAUAUAUAUAUAUAUAUAUAUAUAUAUAUUAUAUUUACUGUGCAUUUUUUUAGUGCACGCAGACGCGGCGGACCGCGGGCUUGCGCCGCAGGCGAGGCGAGCCGAGGCGGGCAUGGGGGACCGCGGCGUGGGCUGUGCCGCUGCCCGCGCGUGGGAGGGCGGUGCUCGCCCGGCGCUAGCCCGCGGCGCGCUCGCCCGCUGCCUGUAGCAGAGAGCCGCCCGCAGCGCCGCUCUUCCCCUCCCAUCCUCGCGUUUUUAUUUUUUCAGAGGUGUAGACGGGAGUUCAGGUGCAUUUUUUUUUCCUUCGGUCAUUAGCUCCGUUGGCUUGUUCAUCCUCUUUUUUUUUUUUUUUUUUUUUUCCUGGAGGACUCCUGAGGGUUUUUUCCCCUUUGGAGAGGGGGGAGUUGGGGUGGGGGGGGGCGGCUGGUUUUCCCGUAGCCGAGCAGCGAAAUCGCCGCGGUUUCGGCGUGCCCCGGAGCCGGGAAAAUGGAGGCGGUGAUAGAGAAGGAGUGCGGCGCGCUCGGAGGGCUCUUCCAGACCAUCAUCAGCGACAUGAAGGGAAGCUACCCAGUAUGGGAAGAUUUCAUAAACAAAGCUGGGAAGUUGCAGUCUCAGCUUCGGACUACAGUAGUAGCAGCUGCUGCCUUUUUGGAUGCCUUUCAGAAAGUGGCUGACAUGGCUACUAAUACACGUGGCGGCACCCGAGAGAUUGGAUCUGCCCUGACCAGGAUGUGUAUGAGACACAGGAGUAUAGAGUCCAAGCUCAGACAGUUCUCCAGUGCUUUAAUUGACUGUCUGAUAAACCCACUUCAAGAACAGAUGGAAGAGUGGAAGAAAGUGGCCAAUCAACUGGAUAAAGACCAUGCAAAAGAAUACAAAAAAGCGCGCCAAGAGAUAAAAAAGAAAUCGUCUGACACACUGAAGCUGCAGAAGAAAGCAAAGAAAGGACGGGGUGACAUUCAGCCCCAGCUGGACAGUGCUUUGCAAGACGUCAAUGAUAAGUACCUGCUGCUUGAAGAAACCGAGAAGCAAGCUGUCAGGAAAGCGCUGAUCGAGGAACGCGGCCGAUUCUGUACUUUCAUCUCGAUGCUGCGGCCUGUCAUAGAAGAAGAAAUAUCAAUGCUAGGAGAAAUAACACAUUUACAAACCAUAUCAGAUGACCUGAAAAGUCUCACCAUGGACCCACACAAAUUGCCAUCUUCAAGCGAACAGGUAAUUUUAGACUUGAAAGGUUCUGAUUACAGCUGGUCUUAUCAGACUCCUCCAUCCUCUCCCAGUACUACCAUGUCCCGAAAAUCUAGUGUUUGCAGCAGUCUGAACAGCGUUAACAGUAGUGAUUCCCGGUCCAGUGGCUCGCACUCGCACUCACCUAGUUCACACUAUCGCUAUCGCAGCUCCAAUCUGCCUCAGCAGGCACCCAUGAGGCUGUCCAGUGUGUCCUCCCAUGACUCUGGAUUCAUGUCCCAGGAUGCUUUCCAGUCCAAAUCGCCAUCCCCCAUGCCACCAGAAGCACCUAACCAGAAUUCGUCCAGCUCUGCCUCUUCCGAAGCCUCUGAAACCUGCCAGUCAGUGAGCGAGUGCAGUUCCCCCACCUCAGUCAGCUCAGGCUCCACCAUGGGGGCUUGGGCCUCCACAGAUAAGUUGUCUAACGGGUUUUAUCACUGUAGUUUAUCAAGUGACCCAUCCGUAGCUUCAGUUGGUGCAGGUCCUUCCCCUCAUUUCCCGCCUGUCUCCCGCGCGUGGACUCGGGCUCCCUCAGCCCUCCUUCCAGACUACGUUCAUUAUUACACCAUUGGGCCAGGCAUGUUGCCAUCAUCUAAGAUCCCUAGCUGGAAGGACUGGGCCAAACCAGGCCCGUAUGACCAACCAAUGGUGAACACACUGCAACGUCGCAAAGAAAAGCGUGAGCCGGACCUCAAUGGAGGAGCCCAGAGCGGACCAGCGGCGCCCACCGAGGAGGCCCAGAGGCCUCGGAGCAUGACGGUGUCGGCCACCACAAGGCAGGGGGAGGAGAUGGAGGCCUGCGAGGAGCUGGCCCUGGCCCUGACGAGAGGCCUCCAGCUGGACACGCAGAGGAGCAGUCGGGAUUCCCUGCAGUGCUCCAGCGGGUACAGCACCCAGACGACAACCCCGUGCUGCUCGGAGGACACCAUCCCGUCUCAAGUUUCAGAUUAUGAUUAUUUCUCUGUGAGUGGUGACCAGGAGACAGAGCAACAAGAGUUUGACAAAUCUUCUACCAUCCCAAGAAACAGUGACAUCAGCCAGUCCUAUCGCAGAAUGUUUCAGACCAAGCGUCCUGCUUCCACUGCAGGUCUGCCAACCACGCUCGGACCCGUCAUCGUCACCCCUGGCGUCGCCACCAUCAGACGGACCCCUUCCACCAAGCCUUCCGUCAGACGCGGUACCAUUGGGGCAGGUCCAAUUCCGAUCAAGACACCGGUGAUUCCCGUCAAAACGCCGACGGUCCCCGAUAUCCCAGGAGGGCUGCCCGGAGCCCUCGCCGGGACGGAAGAAUGUGCGGAGCAGAGUCCCGAGUCUCCAGUGGCCGGAGAGGGCGGCCAAGGUGUUGCCAGCAUGCCUUCCUCUUCGUGGAGCGGGCAGGCGUCAGUCAACCCGCCACCAUCCAGCCAGAAACUGAGCGCGGCCGAGGAGCAGAGGCAAGCGAUUGCCGAGAGCGAGGGGGAGGAGAGCGAACGGGAUGGCGUGGGCGCCCUGACGCCUGCCGGCCACCCGGAGCUCGAGCCCGGCGAGCUCAGUCCUGGGGAUAUCCCGCAAGGUGAAGACAUGCUGAACGCCAUCCGGCGCGGUGUCAAACUGAAGAAGACGACCACAAACGAUCGCUCAGCGCCUCGUAUCUCGUAGGAGCGAAGCAGCUGCCAGAGUACUAGCCUCCGAGAAGGAACUGCGAGGAAAACUAAUUCAUCUCUAUCCAUUCCAAUCUGUAAUCCGUGAAUUUUUUAGGAUACUCGGUAAUAGACAGUCUGAAAGUACUCUAAAAGAAAACAAGGUGAAAGAGCAUAGUAAGACAUAAUCUUCACUGGUGUUUUAAUUUGUAAAUAUCAAUGAUUUUGUUUCUGCAUUUUUUGGAUCUGAGUUACACUUUUAAUUUUUUCUGAAGGUGCCAAAUCCCAUUUACCUUUUUUAUAACUCUUUGUAAAGUUUUGGAUCAUAGGAGAAAAAAAAAAGUUAACUUCAGCAAAGGGAUUUUGUAGAGCGCCUUGUAAUAGUGAGGUUAAAAAAAAAACAGUGGGACUUAUUUUAAAGUUUAUGUCAAGCAGUAAGGAAUUAGAUCCUCAUUUAAGUAUUAAAAAGUUUGAAAAGCAGGAAUAAAAUUGAUAAUAAAAGCAAUAUAUAAUGCAAGGAAGAAACCUGCAGUUGGUGUAGAGUAUUUGGGGGUAGUGGGGGGAGGGAGAUGCCAUGAAAAUAGCAGAUGCUGUUGCACAAAAGUAGGCUAGUAGGAUUAAUUACUAGUAGCUUCAUGGUAAAUGCAUCAGAAUAAGCCAUAUUGGAUUGCAGUGUUUUGUUUUGUAGGGUGUUUUAAAGACUUUGGGUUUUUUCCACGUUUCUUUUUGACUGCACAGCAACAACUCUCAGUCACAUGCAUGCAGCCGUAACUGUGUAGGCUUGUUCCUUCCACCUUCGCUUUCUGUUCCACUCAUCCUUUCACUGAAUACAAACAAGGUCGACAGGCUUAAGGCAGUUACAAAUGUGAAAACAUUUUUAAAAUGCAAGCAGGGAGUUCUUAGAUAUUAUCAAAAUGCCUUUUUCUGACUGUGCCCAGCAGGCUGGGCACCUUAGAAAACCCAAAUAUUUUGAGAAAACAUGUACCAAUUUGACAGUUGUAACCAGCUUGUGAUCUAAUAAACCGCUAAUGUUUCUUUCCAAUACAGGGGCUUGUUUUUCUUACCUUCUUUUAAAGGACAGUUGAUUUGUCUUUUAUUAAACACUGAAAAGAAAGGGGUGAAGGGUGGGGGGUGGGGAGAGAUACUGUUUUUUAUUUGAUGUUCCUGGGAGUCUGACCACUAUAUUCUCUUUUUUUGUAUUUUCAGUCAUGUUUUUUGGAACGCUAUUGAUAGAACUAAAAGAGUUGGAUUUUUUUUUUUCCUUAAAGCAAGCUAUUGCUGCAAUACCCGUCUCCGAAAGCUGAUAGAAAUGUGCAGACCCCCGGGCACUCCGCCCGCCCUGUUCAGGGAUGCGGUCGGCCCACCGGCAGCAGGCCCGCGUGCGGGUGGGGACCGGACGUGUGCAUCCGGGAUUGUUUAAAACCACACCGAACACUGUACAGGGGGCUGGUUUCCACCAAACACUCUGCAGAUUUCUGUUGGCUGUAGACUUGCCUGCAUAACCUCUUACACUUUAACACAUAACUGCAUUGGAUGUGAAACUUCUAGUAACUGUGUAGUCACUGUGUUUGAUAUAACAUUUUACACUGCUGUGGUUGCUAACUUUUUUUUUUUUUGUUAUGGCUUAAAAGCAAAAAGAAAAAAAAGAAAAAAGGCAUGAUUCUUAGAAAAUAUUAAACCUUCCUUUCUUUGAAAAACAAGCUCCUUAUUACAGAAUAUAAUAAACAGUAGUGCCUGUGGUGUAGCCCACCAAUCUUCAUACAGUAGCUGAUGCAUUGUGCAAAUGAGGCUUUGAGAUGGUUUUUGCAUAAACAAAAACUGCUAGGAGAUAAUCUCAGUAGUUAAGAGUGUUAUUUAAACCUUUGAAAUAAAUGGAUGUAACUGUACCUGAGUACAGCUUUUCACUUGUUUAGUUCUUAAACGUUAGUAUAAUCAGUAAAAUUUAAUAUAAAAUGUUGCCAAAUUCAAUGUAGAAAGAAUGUGACAAAACACUUUGGAUAGUUCUAUUGUUUGUGUUUUUGCAUAUUGUAAAAGCAGUGUCACAGCUAAAAAAUAAAAUGUUUCUAAUGGUAAAUUAUUGUGGUUUAGUUGCUAGUUUGUACUGAGAGUUGACCUCUCCCUGUGCGGUUUUUUGUUCUAAACUGGUAUAAAUAAUUGCUGUAAGUGUGUCUCCCUCUACAUUGUAAUGAUUGCUUAAGCCUACAUUAUGAAUAAAGAACUGCUGGAAAA